AUGCCAUGCAUAUUUUCCUACCUCAGCGCAGAAGUGGACUGGUGUGAAGGCAACUUUGAGCACUCGCGGUCCAUUGCGGAGUACUACAACACGAUCAGCAAUGUGAGUUUCUUCAUCAUUUCUCCUGUCCUGCUGUACCUGAAUAACCAAUAUGUCCAGGAGCACAGAAAGCCUGUGUACUAUCUCUCUGGCAUGCUCUUAUCAAUAGGUAUCUUCUCUGUAUACUUUCACAUGACCUUGAGCUAUGUGGGGCAGCUGCUGGAUGAGCUCUCCAUCCUUUGGACGCUGGCUAUAACCUACACCUUUUGGUUGCCAAAGAAUCGCUUCCCAAAAUUUAUCAAGAACAGGACUCAGUUUAGAUGGCUGGUUACCAUCACCACCGCCAUCAUCACCCUGCUAUCGUUCAUCAAGCCAUCCGUCAAUGCUUAUCUGCUGAACAGCUUUGCCUUUCACCUGCUGUACAUGAUAUGGAGUUUUCUGAGGAAGUGCAAGGACGGCCGUGUCCACCGGCUAGCUGCUGCCAUGGUUGUGUGGUGGGCAUUAGCCAUUGGCUGCUGGAUAACCGACAAGUGGUUCUGCGGGUUUUGUCAGAGGAUCAAUUUUUGUUAUUUUCACAGCUUCUGGCAUAUACUGAUCGCCAUCAGCCUUCUGUACUGCUGCCCCUUGAUUAUCUACUUUUAUGUCUUAUAUGAGAUGCCUUCCUUUCAACCCCAGAUACAGUACUGGCCUUGCGACUCCUGGGUAGUUGCCUUGCCCUAUCUUGUCCUAAGGAAGACUCACAAACAGUGUUAGAGACCAAUUCUAAGAUUCAGCUGCUCAGGGGCCAUGUGUCUGAGCACAGAUAUUGUCUGCUAAUCCUUAAGUGGUGGUUUUGGUUUUCUGAAUGGCUGUUUGGAUACCACCAGCAGCAUAACUAGGGCAGGGCAAC